GCGCCCCGGGCAGUGGUGCUGGGUGGCUCGUGGACGCGGCGCCGUUACUCGCAGUCGGGCGGCGCAGGCGGCAGCGGCGGCACGGCGCAGAGCGCACACGGCGCCUGAGCAGCGGCGGCGGCAGCAGCGGCAGCAGCAGCAGCGCCGGAGGCACCCCUUGCCGUCACAGCCCCUGCGCGGGUGCGGCCAACCUCUCUCCCUCGGAUCGUCCUCCCUUCGCUCGCACCAUGGCUGAUCAACUGACCGAAGAGCAGAUUGCUGAGUUCAAGGAAGCUUUCUCCCUAUUUGACAAAGAUGGUGAUGGCACCAUCACCACGAAGGAACUUGGCACUGUCAUGAGGUCACUGGGUCAGAACCCGACAGAAGCGGAAUUGCAGGACAUGAUCAACGAGGUGGACGCGGAUGGUAAUGGCACCAUUGACUUCCCAGAGUUUUUGACCAUGAUGGCAAGGAAAAUGAAAGAUACUGACAGCGAGGAGGAGAUCCGCGAAGCAUUCCGAGUCUUUGACAAGGAUGGAAACGGUUAUAUCAGCGCAGCAGAACUGCGUCACGUCAUGACAAACUUAGGGGAAAAGCUAACAGAUGAAGAAGUAGAUGAAAUGAUCAGAGAAGCAGAUAUCGACGGAGACGGACAGGUCAACUAUGAAGAAUUCGUACAGAUGAUGACUGCAAAAUGAAGACCUCCUUUCAACUCCUUUUUCCCCCCCUCUAGAAGAAAUCAAAUUGAAUCUUUUACUUACCUCUUGCAAAAAAAAAAAAAAAAGAAAGAAAGAAAAAAGUUCAUUUAUUCAUUCUGUUUCUAUAUAGCAAAACUGAAUGUCAAAAGUACCUUCUGUCCACACACAACACACAAAAUCUGCAUGUAUUGGUUGGUGGUCCUGUCCCUAAAAGAUCAAGCCACACAUCCGUUUUACACUAUACAUACUUGUACUACCUUAAGGUUAAGGAAGCCCUUGGGGGACUCCUUCGGGUUCCAUUUGCUGAUGAUCCAUAACACACCGUGUGGGCUGGCCAGUUCGUCCUGCAUGCAGCCUGAUGAUCGAGCACAGUCAGGCGUUUGUAUUAAACCCCCCUCCCCAAGAAAAGAAAAAAAAAAACCCAAAAUAUAAAAAUUCAAAGCUUAGAUGGGUUCUAGUUCAAUUUGUUAGGCUAAAUUGUCACAGCUGGUUCAGUGCAAACAAGCACGUUGGAAUUGGUCAGCCGCAGGACGAUGUGCCGUGGUGCGGGUGGAGAAGCUGGGGAGAAGCAGGCCCACUGGCUGGAUGGUGGUCCUGUAGAUCUGUGUGCUUCAACCCAGGGCGACAGUGACACGGCCCGGUGGCAUGAUGUGUGUAGGUUGGUUUAGUGUGUCUGUAUAGAGCGGUACCGGUGUCAGGCUGCUGUCAAUUGUUGAUGCAAAUUUUUAAUAAGAAACCUUUCCCAAGGGAGCACCUCUGAGGACUCUUUAAAAACCUGAAGCAUGACUUGGAGCCAGUAGAGUAGGCUGUGGCUGUGGACUCCGGCACACCAUCAACAUUGCUGUUCAAGAAGCUACAAUUUACAUCCAUUCCAAGUUGUAAAUGCUAGUCUUUUUUUUUUUUUUUUUCCAAUAAAAAGACCAUUAACUUAAA